AUGAUGCCGAUCUCAGUGUCUGACGCUUCUGUAAUCGCCCUCGUCAUAUCCGGUGUGCUGCUAUGGCAGAGGAAUCGCUUGGCCAAGACACAUCGCGGCCUUCCUCUUCCUCCCGGGCCACCUGGUGUACCGUUGUUCGAUAACCUCUUCGACAUUCCCUCAUCUUAUGAGUGGGUGACCUACCGUGACUGGAGCCUCAGAUAUAGUUCAGACCUCGUCUAUUUCAAGGCCUUCGGUAAACAUACCGUAGUCGUCAACACGGCCCGCGCUGCAAACGACCUGUACGAGAAGCGUUCUGCUAUCUAUUCCGAUCGGCCAGUAAUCACGUCCAUGAAAUACCUCGGACUAGAAUGGGUGACUCUAUUUUUGCCCUAUAAUGAAGAGUGGCGUCAACAUCGCAAGCUAUUCCACGAGGAGUUCAAGCCUCAAGCUUUGGCUGCAUACGAGACGCAUCAGAGGGAAUCUGUUCACGCAUUCAUGCGCACACUUGUAUCAGAUCCGGAUGACUUCAGGGCGGGUGUCAGACACUUGACGGGCAGGAUCAUAAUGCGCAUAGCGUAUGGCAUCGACAUUCAAGACCACGACGACCCUUACGUUCGUAUCGCAGAAGAGACCAUGGAUGCGAUGAACACCGGUGCUACAUUCAAAGGGCUGAUCUUCGAUUUUGUCCCAUUCCUCAAAUACAUGCCCGCCUGGUUCCCUGGAGCCGGAUUCAAGAACUAUGCGGCGAAGAUGUAUCCUUCGGUCAGCCGUGCAUCUCUGGACGUGCCGUGGGAUGCCAUGAUCGAAGCGAAGCGAACAGAACCCGAUGGACACAGACGACCUUCUGCUGCGCGUAAUCUGCUCGAGAAGUACGGCCAGGAUCCCAGCGUUCAUGACCUCCUCAGGGCGGUCCCUGGCACGGCGUAUCUUGGUGCGGCCGAUACGACAGCUUCCUCUUUGACGUCUUUCUUUCUGGCGAUGGUGCUAUACCCCGUCGCUCAGAAGAAAGCUCAGGCGGAGCUUGAUAGUAUUCUCGACGGCGCACCUCCCACUCUCCAGGACCAGAACAGACUACCGUACACGUCUGCAUUAGUCAAGGAGAUCUUCCGCUGGCAUCCGCCACCGUCCUUAAUUCCCCCGCACAGGCUAAUGAAAGACGAUGUUUACGAGGGCAUGUUUCUACCUGAAGGAUGCGCUGUGAUUGCCAAUGCUUGGGCUAUCCUUCGCGACGCCAAGCUCUACCCUCUCCCCGACACUUUCGAUCCUGCGCAUUUCAUCCCGACGGAUCAGGGCGGAACGUACCCAGUGGACGCGUGCAAGGAUGGCGAGCCACUCUUCCCUGAAGCUACGUUCGGCUUCGCACGCCGUCUAUGUCCCGGACGAGCCUUGGCGAAGUCGACCGUAUGGCUUACGGUUGCGAGUGUGCUGUCGACCUUCGACAUCACCCCGGCGAAGGACCCUCAAGGCAAUGAUGUCCCAAUCAUUGAGACGUGGUCGAGCGGCAUUGUCGGCUAUCCUGCAUACAUCAUCACCCGCGUGUCAUCGGAAGACGCAGUUCGCCCUGUUGAACGAUGGCCCUUAAAUCUACGUGCUCCUUAUUUAAUUGUGGUCACUCUGCUGUCCCGUGUCUGA